AUGGCGGCCGCUCGGCCCGCGGGGCAGCUGCUGGAAUCCGAGUGCGGCGUCGGAGGCGGCCCCGGGCUUGAGCGGGAGCAGCCGCCGGGCCACAGCCAGCCUCAGGCGGACCUGCCUCACACCCAGUGGCCGCUGAAGCGGUACGGGCGGUUCCUGCCGCCCGGGGGAGGCCAGAAAACAUGGGAGGUUUUUGAGUCUGAUCUGGAAAAGGGCCUUCUUUUCCUGACGAUUGUGCAGUCAGGUCAUUUCCUAAUCUCUCGAGGUGGGACAACCCUACUAGAAGGAUUUUCCUUGAUUGAAGCUCACAAAUGGUGGAAAGCAGUCCGCAGAGCAGAUUGUCUGCUCUUUGGCUCUAAGGUUAAGAAUGAAAGUCGUAUGUUUCGAGUGCAGUUCAGUGGAAAUUCCCAUGAACAAGCACUAGAACAUUGUACUAACUGUGUGCAGAAGCUCCUUCAGUAUAUCAAUGUGCAGAAUCCCAAUGGACAAAAUCUGAACCAAGCUCUACAGUUGAGCCAGGCAACGAACAUUGGCUAUUCUGGAAGUUUGGAGCCAGAGGUAGGCCAUCAAGAGGGGCAUGGCACAGAGGAGGGUCAAACAUCAGCAGAAGGUACCCUUCCUGAGGGUAGGAUAUCUAUCAAGCAACUCGCAAAGUCCAUGCUGGGAGCAACGUCACCUCAGCUGCCAGUGGCCUACCAGCAGUCAGCCUUGACCACAGAAGAGCUGGGUCCAUUUCUGCGACUCUGUCUGCUGGAUCAGAGCUUCCCGGCGUUUGUGGAGCAGGUGGAGCAGGAACUUAAAAAGCUGAUUGAUUCGUGACUCAGAACAAUUUUAGACUUUCCCCAGUUGACAAUAACCAGAUUGCUACUUGAAGGGCAUUGCUACUAAUUGUAUUAGUCUUCAUUAACUCACCCCAUGUCUGGAUUUCUUCUGACAAAUAUACCCAUUGCAGUACUAUGUCAAUGUAUCUUCGAGGUUCUCAUUUCUUAUCAUUAGUU